GACUCGCGGAGCACUGACGCACUCCGCGCCCGGAGGACAGAGCGGCCCGGUCGCCGGCGUGGUUUCUCCGUCCUGCUGCAGCCGGCGGGAGGCAGCCUGUCCAGGCGCCCGCUAGCUUCGGCGGCGACCCAGACGGGGAAAGCGGAAGGAAUGUCGCGUGAUUCGUCAGGCUGCAGCCGAGUGGCUGGUCGUUAGGCCCUGCCCAAGGACUUAGCUCCCAGCUCCGCUCAUCACUGGCCUAGUCUAGCUUGCCACGCUUCGUGCCACACAGCACAGCCCUGGACGAGAUGCUGAGUGAGGUCGUAAAGAGAUGAGUGUUUCACCCCCGUUAACUCAGGGUCUGAAAAUAAGGGAUAGCAAGCAGGCAGCUGGUGUGGAAGAAUGGCACUGAGCCAUUCAGUGAAGGAGCGGACCAUCUCUGAGAACAGCCUGAUCAUCCUACUGCAGGGCCUCCAGGGCCGGGUAACUACUGUGGACCUGCGGGAUGAGAGCGUGGCCCACGGACGCAUAGACAAUGUCGAUGCUUUCAUGAACAUCCGCCUGGCCAAAGUCACCUACACGGACCGUUGGGGGCAUCAGGUCAAGCUGGAUGACCUCUUUGUGACAGGCCGCAAUGUCCGCUACGUCCACAUCCCAGAUGACGUGAACAUCACCUCGACCAUUGAGCAGCAGCUGCAGAUUAUCCAUCGGGUGCGGAACUUUGGUGGCAAGGGCCAAGGCCGGUGGGAAUUUCCCUCCAAAAACUAUAAGUGAGGCCCUCAGCAAGCCCUGGCCCCAACUUGGCUCCCUCCAGUGUUCUCUGGAGCCAGCUCCCUGCCCUCAUACCCUGUCUGGAACCCGAGAAGAGAGCAAGGCCAGGCCAGAAGCUGGUGUCCAACAGACACCACCUGUCAAAGCUGCCUUUCACAGGGUUCCACCUCCCAGACUCCUCUGGGACCCAGAAUCCUAUCUGUCUGUGGCCUUGGGGUAGGUGACAAUCCCCCUUUUUGAUGAUCUGAAUCUCUGACUUAUUGAUCAUGGAACCUGUCAAGUAGUUUUCAACUCUCCCAGUGAGGAUAAUUAAACAUGCUCAGUCUUACUGUCUCUA